GCAACCGAGGGAGAACUAGCGCGAACUCGCCGAUGCAUAAACAAUCCCGACGCAGCGAGUGCACUUGUCUUCCACUGAAUCUUGCUUUUGACUUUAGACAGACUUGACACAGCAGCAGCAGCAGAGGAAGAAGCAGAAGCAGCAAACAUGUCUCGAUUUGUCGCUCGUUUCUUCGUUGUUAUUUCUCAGAACGCCACAUCCAGAUCUGCGGCGUUACCGAGGAGGAUCCCGGUCUUUACCCGUCCUGUAUGCACAACUCAAGGCCUGCAGUCUCUCACCCGUUACGAUGAGACCACAGACUGGCAAAAGAAACUCACCCCAGAACAGUAUGUCGUCACCAGAGAGAAGGGGACUGAGUUGCCUUUUAGUGGGAUUUACCUGAACCAUUACGAAGUGGGGAUGUACCACUGUGUCUGCUGUGAUGCUCCGCUUUUCAGUUCAGAGGCUAAGUAUGACUCGGGGACAGGCUGGCCGGCAUUCAAAGAAGCUCAUGGGACAUGGGAGCGGGAUGAAAGCCAUGCUUCCAUCAUUCGUCGCCCUGACAACAGCCUGGGUAGUGCUGGGACAGAGGUCCUUUGUAAAAAUUGUGAUGCUCACCUGGGACAUGUCUUCGAUGACGGACCAGACCCAACAGGACAGCGGUUCUGCAUCAACAGCGCGGCCCUCACAUUUAAACCCAGAGAAAACAACAAACCUGAAAAACCGGAGGAAAACUGAUGAAGUGCAUGGACUUGGCUAAAAUGCUGAAAACACAUUUACUUUAUGUUUCACUGUAGGCCAGUUCUUUUUAGGAGGCGACAUGAAGGUUCAGAGUCAAAACACAGGAAGUUGACAAUGCUGCUUCUUUUGUUUUUCAGUCUGGUACCACAUAUAUCCAAAUGGCUCAUCUGUUUUAGCAAAUCAUGCAGACCUGACUGAUAAUUUGUCAAUAAAUACACAAUUUUCUUUAUCUCUGAAUCCAAUAUUCUGCUUUUACCGC